AUGACUUUAAAUUUUUAUAUUCAGAAAGAUAUAAUGUUUAAUGAUAUAUUUUUUCUUAGACAAAUGACAGUGGCAUCUGGUAAUCAAUUAGUAGAAUGUCAAGAGUGCCAUAAUCUCUACCACCAAGAUUGCCAUAAACCCCAGGUGACAGACAAGGAAGUGAAUGACCCUCGCCUGGUGUGGUAUUGUGCUCGAUGUACCAGACAAAUGAAAAGAAUGGCUCAAAAAACUCAGAAACCACCACAGAAACCAGCUCCCACAGUUGUUUCUGUAGCUCCUGCUGUCAAAGAUCCAUUGGUUAAGAAACCAGAAACUAAACUCAAACAAGAAACAACCUUCCAAGCAUUCAAGAGAGCAGAAGUCAAGACACCUCCAGUUAUUUCAGGAAAUUCUUCUAGUACCAAUGUUUCCUCUUCAGCAACUAGUGGCCUAACUGCAUGGGCAGCUUUUGCAGCCAAAACUUCCUCUGCCAGUCCAUCAACAACAAAAUUAAGUUCAACAACACAAAACAAUAGUGGAAAACCUGCUACCUCAUCAGCCAACCAGAAACCUGUGGGUUUGACUGGUCUGGCAACAUCAUCCAAAGGUGGAAUAGGUUCCAAAAUAGGUUCUGGUAAUAAUAGUACACCCACUGUGCCAUUGAAACCCCCUCCACCUCUAACCUUAGGAAAAACUGGCCUUAGUCGCUCAGUUAGUUGUGAUAAUGUCAGCAAAGUAGGUCUUCCCAGUCCCAGUAGUUUAGUUCCAGGAAGUAGCAGCCAACUAAGUGGAAAUGGAAAUAGUGGUACAUCAGGGCCCAGCGCAAAUACCACUAGCAAAACAACUUCAGAAUCCAGCAGCAGUCCCUCAGCAUCCCUUAAAGGUCCAACUUCACAAGAAUCACAGCUCAAUGCUAUGAAGCGAUUACAGAUGGUCAAGAAGAAAGCUGCCCAAAAGAAACUCAAGAAGUAAUAUGACCAGCCAGGUUUUUAUAUCAUUUUACCCCAAAGAUACAAAGGUUACUAUUAGGAUAUAAAUUGUAAUACACUGUAAUUUAAUAAAAAUCUUGGUUAUCAAA